AACCCCCUCUUUUUCAAGCAAAUCUGUAGUCGCCAUAUUGAACAAGGGCGAUAAGUAUUUCUGCUGCUUUACAAGAUUUUACAGAAAAGUUAUACAAUACAUUUCGCCGAUUGCGCCCUAUGAUGCUGCUCUGACUGUCCAGUGAAAAAAUACAGCAUAGGAAUAAAAAUGCCGCCAAUCAGAAGAACAAUAAAAAAUGUGGUGAAGAACUUCUCAGAUCCCCAGAUCAAAGUGCGGGAGGCAACCUCUAACGACCCAUGGGGACCAUCAAGCACUUUGAUGGGAGAAAUUGCGGACUUGACUUACAAUGUUGUAGCCUUUACAGAAAUCAUGCAGAUGGUGUGGAAAAGACUGAACGAUCAUGGAAAAAACUGGCGCCAUGUUUACAAAUCAUUAGUUCUCUUGGAAUACAUUAUAAAGACUGGGAGUGAGAAAGUGGCACAACAAUGUAAAGAAAAUAUAUUUGCUAUUCAAACACUGAAAGAUUUUCAGUAUGUAGAGGACAACAAGGAUCAAGGAAUGAAUGUGCGUGAAAAAGCAAAGCAGCUUGUGGCUUUAUUAAAAGAUGAUGAAAGACUGAAGAAUGAAAGAGCCAAAGCAUUAAAAGCUAAGGAGCGUUUUGCUCAGAAUCCGUCAGGAAUUGGAAGUCAGGGUGGACAACAGGUUCAGUUUGGUAAAGGUCCUGGAACUAGUCCCAAACUUGAGACCACUGCUGGGGGCUACUCGGAUCCCUAUGGGGGUGCAACUGGAGCUGCCUCAUCUCCCAGCAAUGAGAGCAGACUUUCCACAGAAAUUGAGGCUGCACGCCCCAGUACUGUGGGAGAGGAAGAACUGCAACUCCAACUGGCACUGGCAAUGAGCAAGGAAGAACACGAUGAGGAGGUGCGAAAGAUGCGUGGAGAUGAUGUGCGGCUACAGUUGGCCAUGGAGGAGAGUCAAAAAGAAGAGGAGAAGCGGAGACUACAAGACACAAAACCUAAAAGUAAACCGGUACAGGAAGGAGGUCUCUUGGACAUAAUGGGUCAUACCACUCCACAGCCCCAGAAGCAAUCUGUAGAUCCAUGGGGAACGCCCAUCCCACAACUUCCCAAGCCAGCAGAACGUGGGGGUAGCCCCUGGGGAGAACCACCACCAUCACAGCCACAGCCUGUGGCUGAUCCCUGGGGUUCUCCUGCUCCACCCCCAGCAGCAGCAGCUAGUGACCCCUGGGGCACAUCUGGCUCCUCCAAGUCCACACCUGCACAUACCCCCGCACAUGACCCAUGGGGUGCACCCAUAUCAACAGCCGCUGCCCCUGUGCCUGCAUCCAAAGAUAUCUGGGGUGCUCCAGCUUCUCCCUCAAGUGGUGCUGGUGUGGAUCCCUUUGGGAGUAGUGCCACACCCUCUCACACACUGGACGAUGAGUUUGACAUUCUUAGCUCUAGAACCACAGCUGCUCCAUCUUCAGAUACCACCACCACCAGCACCUCUCAAGCAUCUGGGAGCUUGUUGGGAGAUUCAGAUGAUCUGUUUAAUUUAGGGAGCUUAAACUCAGCUCUACCACCACAACAAGAUAAAAAGAAGAAACCAGAAGAUUUUCUGGGUGCAAACUCGAGCUUGGUCAAUCUUGAUGCUUUGAUAGCUAAGCCAGAGGGAAAUCCCUAUGGCACAACCAACCCUUUUGCUACAAAUGGAAUUGGAGGAACUCCUGAUCCAUUUGGUGUGCAUGCACCACCAGUGAGGGUCCCAAUGGGGCAAAUGCAGACCUCCAACAGCAUGGGCUUCACCCAGGCCACAAACUCUACCUUACUUCCCCAACCCCUGAUGCCCAUGGGAGGCCCCCCACCACAGCAACCUGUGGGAAUGGGGAUGCAGUCUCAAGGCUACAACCCAUUUUUAUGAGACCAGGCAAGGGGAGUGGGGCUGGAACAAAGGUGACAGAAAGGCGAAAAAACAUCAUUAAGUGGAGCUGUAGUCUUUGACUUACAAACCUUUCUUUUUAAAACAAGAAUACACAUAUUUAUAAACAAAUCACAGCUUAGGACCUCAGUACAUAUAACUUGUUAAUGUUACCAUGAAGACUGUUUGCUUCAUCUUUCUCAUAACCAAAAUUUUGAGUAACAAUUUAAAAAGGAUCUGUACUUGAGGUUUGAGUUGAAAAUGCUGUGAACAGAUUGUUUUAAAAAGAAAGAAAAAUUCAUUUGCCUUCAUGCUUUAUGUACCACAGAGAAUAUUUAAGUGUUCAAGGGAGGGAGACGGAGAGAUUCACGUUGUAAGCAAGGCUUGCAAUAAAAAUAAGCACGGGCAGGGUUAGACAUUCUUCUAGCUACUUCUGAAGAUGGUAGGAAUUUUCCUGUAGAGAAAUAACACCAAAUAGUCGAUUUAAGUUCUGUAUUGUCUGGAGGUUAGUCUGGAAAGAAAGUUGUCAAAUUGGACAGCUGCAUCUGCCCCUGAUUGGCAUGCCAUAACCAAAUUUAGGAAGUAUGUCUACAACACUUAUACUAUAUAUUUUGUCACCUGAUAUUAUUAAUAGCAUUAUUUUUAUCAUUAUUAAUAUUAAUAGUAUUAUUCUUAUUGUGAAAAAGGAUAAUGAGGUCAGUUAAACUGUCAUUUUUUCAUCUGCUAGGUGUAUGUGCUCCAAUCCAUUGUAUAGUUAUCAUCUCAUUUUAAGCCAUAUAUUAUUAUAAAACUUAACACAUCUGAAGUACUAGCAUAGCACAGAUGUGCCGUUAAUGUGUGCUUCUUUGUCUUAAAGUGUAUACUUGUAUAACAGUUACUGAUAAAGAUAUUGUGAAUUGUUGAUGUAACAGAUAUAAUAAGACUGAGUUAAGGGAAGGGGAAAUGACAUUGUAUACAAAUUCUUUUCAUUUCACUAAUAUUUUAAUAUAAUUAUUGC